ACACAAACCUUGGUGCCGGUUUAAAGUUGCUGUCGCUGAUUUCGGGCGAUUGAUUCACAGAGUGCAAACCAACGGAGCAAAACUCGAUGACAAUGUUCCCGAUCGGCGAACUCACUUCAGCCCUCCACUGUCCAUUUGAGCAGAUCUUCAUUUCAAGAUGACACAAAACAAUGUCCUGCGAUGAGGUGGAUCCUCUUGCUGGCGUUCGCUGCUCUCGUAAAUCAGGCGACCGCGUACAGACCCGAGUUUCACGUCAACAUCACAGAACAAGGUUGUCCAAGCAGACCAUCGCAAUUAUCAAAGCCCAUCUUCUGCUACUACGAAGGUCGAGCCUCCGUGUCUGAGCUGGAGCCAUGCCUUUGUUCUCACCUGGUGCUCACCCACGCCGCCCGUUUCCCCAAGGUGGCAUCUCGGAAGACGCCGAUUGCUCCAAUGACCCUUCACCCAGGUUUGGUGCGUGCUGCUCGUUACCUGAGAGAACGCAACCCCGACCUGAAGGUGAUCGGCAGGGUGAGCGGACACGCUCGAACCGCCCUGUUAUCAGGCAGGGGCACCGAGGUGGCAGCCAACAUCGCAUUGAUGGUCAAAAGAUACGGCCUGCACGGAAUCGAAGUCGCUCUGGAAUGGGAAGGCUCCAAAUUGGCAGGAGGAGCUAAUGGGAAACAGAGGCUGUCUGCUUUUGUCAAGGGCCUUCGAGGAGCCUUGUCAAUAGUAGCAGCCCAGUCUAGGUAUCGCCGUAGCUACUCCGUUCAUGAGGAGAUUGCAGAUGACAUUCCUAUGCCAUCCUGGCGGUCCAAUCGCUACAUCAGAUAUAACAGCACAGCUGCAACAAUCGUCGUGCCCGACUCGGCCACCAGCGAACAGAGGAGAGUGCAAGUGGAGCAGAGCGUGGUAUUCAUUCUGCAAGUGCCAACCAGCCCGACGGUCCUGGGCAAGAUGUUCGAUUUGAAGCCGCUCUCCAAGUAUGUUAAUUAUUUCGCCGUGCCAACGGACACGUUGAUCGACGCCUCCGAAACUGGUCUCACCUUCCAUCACAGCAGGCUGAUGGGCCUAUCGGACUUGCUCAACACGGAUACUGUUUUGGAUUUGCUCACUGGAAUGGGAGCACCAAUGAAUAAAUUAGUCAUCACCAUUCCUGCGACUGGUCUUUACUUCAACUUGAGAGCAGCCUCGGUGAACAAACCUAGAUCGCCAGCUCACUGGCCACCCUAUUUGAUUUCUUACCAACAGGUAUGUGGCGCAAUUUCUGAAGGUGGAUGGACAGUGGAGCGAGACGAAGAUCUCACUGCACCAUACGCCUACCGAAAUAUGUCCUGGAUGGCAUUUGAUGACGUUUUGAGUGUUGAAAUAAAAGGAAAAUACGCUCUUUUACGAGAUCUCGCCGGAGUUUCAAUUUAUCCUGUGGAUAAUGAUGAUCUGAGAAACGUCUGUGGAAACGGUUUCAACGCUCUGACCAGAACCCUCUUCAACACUAUGUCCUCGCUUUCCCGAAAACCACGCAGUGCCGUUCUCCAGAGCCUAAUCGACCCACUGGAGGCAGCGAACGCCCCCCAACUGGAGACUGCCGCUCAGAACUUGCAACCAGUCACCGUUUCUCCCUUCCGAAUCGUGCGUGUUCUGGAUAGAGAGGGAGCGGUGCAAGUUAUCCGGCGGGGCGCCCAAACUCAAUUUGAGUGCUCAAGGCAGGGCUACUUUAGACAUCCCCAGGGAUGUGAUAGAUUUUACCGUUGCGUUAAAUUUGACCAGGCCGGAGAUGACUUUGAGGUGUUUGAAUACGACUGUCCCGCUGGCUUGGCAUUUGAUGAACGCCUGGAAGUUUGCGUCUGGCCCGGCCAAACCAACGCCUGCGACGGAUCAAGUGAAAUUCGCCCUGUUCCGCGCGCAAAGUUCAUCUGCCCUGGAACUGGUUUUUAUGCUGAUCCUGAAAACUGCCGUUGGUUCUUCGCCUGCAUGGACCACAGACGAGACGCAUCCUCUGGCAUCACUCCCUACGAAUUUAGGUGUCCUUAUGGCCUUGGAUUUGACGAGAGGAGCCAGCAGUGCAAUUGGCCCUGGCUAGUAACCGCGUGUGGCUCAAAUUUGAACAGCGGAAACUUGAAUGAGCUCAAUCCUUCCACUUCUCGACCCCUAACCACUUUCUCAACUCGGCCGACAGCACCUCCUCCUCCCCCGCCACAAUUUAUUAAUGCUGGUCUAAAAGCACCAGCAGCCACCACUCUUGGCAUUCCCGUCACUGGACCAGCUUAUGGUCCAACCCCUGCUACAAUCUUCACAACCAUCCCUGUUGAAGCUUCUCCUCUGGUUCCCAUUCCCACUGUCAUUCACAAUGGAGGUGGCUAUCACUAUGAAGUACCUGCUAACCCUUUGAUCCUCCCCAAUGAAGUUCUCUUCGUCACUCCCCAGCCUCUCCCGAUAACUACCCAAUUGGUGUACGGUGAUCGCAUCCCAAUUAUUGAGCAAGGAACACCCAGACCUGGAUCGAUUACCAUUGUGUCGUCAGAAGAAAAUUUUAAUUCAAUCAAUUCUCAAGACGUAUCCACCCUGCGGCCUUUCCAACAAACAACCACAACCCCUCGGCCUGGUUUCUCCACUCGACCUACAGUUCCUGGACGGCCCAGCGUGUCAGAUAUUAUUAUCACUGCCAAGCCGGCUGUUGAAGCGGCAGCCGAGGCCGAAGUCGAGACGUCCACUGCAACAUCCGCCAUGCAGAAUCUUGUAAAUUCUUUCAACAACAUGAUCAGCGGCCUGCUCGGAGUCAACAACCAAAUUCAGCAAAUGAUUCAACAAGACAUUAAUACUCAAACUGCUUCAUCAGGUGGUGCGGGUGGUGCUGCCUCGGCAGGAGCAGCUGGUACAAGUGCGUCUUCGGGAACAAGACCAGCACAACAAUUCCAGCAAAUUUUGCAGCAACAGCAACAAUUACAACAGCAGCAGCAGCUACAACAACAGCUACAGCCAGUUUUCCCUACCGUGAUAGCGCAGGUUUCAUCCAGUUCCAGCAGCUCUAGUUCUUCCAGCUCUAGUUCGAGCUCAUCCUCCUCAGCCAUGAAUCAGACCAUUGGUCUGAUCAACAAUGGCCAAUUCAUACCUGAAACUACCACAGCAUCGUCUAGUGGAGCCUCAAGCGCCAGUUCCUCCAGCUCUUCAAGCAGCGCAUCCAGUUCUGCUGGCUCGUUCGGUGGUGGUUUUAAUCAGCGGCCGAUUAAUGUUGCUGACCUGCAAGGCUCUCCGAGUUCAAACAAUGACAGAUUCCCUGAAGAGUACGAUUCAGAAGGAAGCUCUUCCAUAAUUAGACCGAGAAUUUUUACUGGAGAAGCUAAGCCGAUAAUGCUAAUCACUAAACCCAACCAAGCCAAUUCUAUUCCUCUCGUCGAGAAGCUCCAAGGCUCAACUCAACUGAGCAUUUCUCGCCGAUUCGACUCCGAUGGACCAGCAGGCACGAGGGCCUCUAAUGACACGCUCGGCCCUGAAGUCUGCCAUCGUGAGGGACUCUUCAGACAUCCAAACAACUGCAAUAAAUUUUAUGAAUGUUUUUCGGAAAACGACGCUCAACAUUACAAUAUCAGAGUCUUUGACUGUCCUGUUAAAUUGUCCUAUGAUCCUAAAGCGUCCGCUUGCAACUGGCCAAUUAAUGGCCCUGGAUGCGCGUCGAACCACCUUAUUCUUCAUGCUUGAAUAUUUUUUUUAGCUGAUAUUGAUUUUAACCGUAUACGUGAUAAUUAUUUUGUGUUGUAAAAAUGUGCUAUGAAAUCAGCAAAUUAAUCCAAAAUGUUAAAUUUUUUGAAUGCAGAAAUAUUUGUGCGAAAAUGAAGUACUUAAAUGAUGACCUUGUUGCCAACUGAAAUUGUUUAGAAUUAGCCUCGAAGAGAAAACGUGCCAUUAAGUGAUGCGUUUCGAAGACCACUCUACCCAACUUAUUAGCUUGUAAACACUGUACUUUUAGUUUUCCUGUGCACGAUUUUCACAAUCCUCCACAUGGACUUAACACCUUUGCUAACUUUUUAUAUCGAUAGCUCAUUUUCCAUCUAUUAAUUAACUAAUGAUAAUAAGCAAAAGAGUAUUUUGCAUUUACUAUAAUUUCACCACUUUCAUCUCAACAUUCUCAACCCUUGUCUGCAAACUUCCAAAGUUUAACUGUUAAGAUCAGCUUCUGUAUAAACCACGCUCCUGUCUAUAAUGUAAAAAAGAAAAUGUUACCAUUUGUAAUUUAUGAGAAAGAGAUACUUUUUCAAAGAUUGUUUUUAAUAAAAUCUACAGCCA